GUUUUAUUACCUUGAGCGAGUUCUGCCUUGUUCCGGCGGCCAAUAAGGCGCGAAGUAGUCAAGCGGGGGAGCCUUUUCAUUACGCCGAGGUGGUCACUCGUCGGCUACACGUGGAAUUUCUGUCCUUUCAAACUUGAGCAGGAGUUUCAUUCAGUGAAAAACAAUGGCAGAAAAACCGAUGUGGGAGCAGAUCGGCAGUGGAUUCGUCCAGCAUUAUUAUCAUCAGUUUGACACAGACCGCGUGAAGCUUGCCGACUUGUAUACCGACGCUUCCUGUUUGACGUGGGAGGGUGAAGGAUUUCAGGGGAAGAAUGCCAUCAUGACCAAACUAAAUAGCCUCCCCUUUCAGACCAUUCAACACAGCAUCACUGCUCAGGACCAUCAUCCAACACCAGACAACUGCGUCAUGAGUAUGGUCAUGGGCCAGCUCAAAGCUGAUCAGGACCAAGUUAUGGGCUUCCAGCAAGUCUUCUUGUUGAAGAAUUUGGAUAACAAAUGGGUCUGCACCAAUGACAUGUUCCGAUUAGCUCUUCAUAAUUUUGGAGCAUAAUAUGAAAUAUUAUGUCCAUGCAACUUUUGUAUCUGGAGUACGGGGUCGUGGUUCACAUUCCAAACUGUUUUCAUCCAAUUUUUCCAAGGAUCUUGAAGGUUUCUGAUCAUCUCCAGAUAAGAAAAGGACAUGUUAAAAACUGAUUAUAGUAAUCAAAUUUUGUAUGUUGUGGCAUGCACUGGUUGACAAUAACUUCAGUUUGGUAAUAAAUCUCCUGUUCAACCCAUC